AUGUCUUUGAAGAUGUCCACAAAGGCUGAAAGAAAUGCAAUUGGAAUUGAUCUUGGAACAACCUACUCCUGUGUUGCUAUCUGGUUUGAUAAGCAUAAUCGAGUUGAGAUCAUUCCCAAUGAACAAGGUAACAAGAUUACUCCAUCAUGCGUAGCUUGGAACAAGACAGAAUUCUUAGUAGGUGAGGCAGCCAAAAAUCAAAUCAGCAGAAAUCCUAAAAACACAGUUUUUGUUGAAGGUUCUGAUGAUAAGCCAAUGCUUGUGUUUGAAAACGAGGCUGAAAACAAGAAGCUUUCCCCUGAAGAAAUAUCGUCCAUGAUUCUAAAAAGACUGAAAGAGUCUGCUGAAGCAUACAUUGGAACAACAUGUAGAGAUGCAGUGAUUACUGUUCCUGCAUAUUUUAAUGACAAACAACGACAAGCAACUAAGGACGCUGCUACACUCGCUGGCCUCAAUGUCAUGCUUUUGAUUAGUGAGCCCACAGCAGCAGCAAUUGCGUAUGGAAUAGAUAAGAGUGCUGACAAGAAUCGUCAAGAAAAGAAUGAUUUGGGUGGAGGAACAUUUGACGUGUCUCUUCUUAAUAUCAGCAAGGCUGGAAACACUAAGCUGUCAAGAGGUAAAGGUUUGCUUUAA